UUCAAAUUGAAUUGUUUUGAAUCAUUUCUAAUCAUUUUGAAUCGUUUUUGUAAUCAGGGUAUGUACGUCUUAAUGUAUUUUCUAACUUGAACGGAUAAACCGAUUUGAAUCUUUGAUGCGGCAUUCGAGAUGACAUGUUCCUAAUCUGUAAAAAUUGAGUUUUUUGAUAGAUUUUAAAAUCUAAGCUCUAAGUUCUAAAAUCCACUUCAAAUGCCGCCUUAACCAUCGAAAUCGGAUCAUCCGUUCAAGAGAUAUCAAUGACAUUUAGAGAUAUCAUGUACACACACGCUUGAAAAAAAGGGCGUGUGAGUUCCGGUUGUCGGCUGCUGAGCAGGUGGCGAUACAGGAAUUUUUAUAAUCAUACCCCACCCCUGUAACGGGCUUGUAACCCUGAGCAACAAGUUGACGUCAAUUUACAUGUGAAAAUUAUUAAUCGAUUAUAUUAAAGAAUUUACUACCUUGUAUGGAAGAAAUAAUUUGCUUUUAAUAUUUCAUUUCAUAUUACAAACAAGUUAUAUUUUUAUUCUAAUGUUCAAUUAUAAAUUUGCGCUAAUUAACAAAAAAAAAAUUUGAGUAUUAAAGAUUUUUUAUAAUGACAGUAUCUCAAUAAAUAUAUACCAGUUGAUUGUAUUUGUAAGAGUGAAUUUUAAAAUUCACAAAGUAAAUAAAAAAAUUCUAUGGCCGCUUUGAAGUCAUAUAAUAAUGAGGAAGAUAUAAAUUUGGAAUCUGAAUCGGAAGUUAGUAGCAUUUAUCAAUGCGGGUCAGUUUUUUCAACAGUACCUGAUAGGCAUGGGUUUUUAGGAGGUUCGCAAUACAGCCCUGAAAGGAAGCAAGCAAUACCAUCUGUGAUAAUUUUAAGAAGAGAAAAGAAAUGGAUUUUCAUGCUAAACAAUUGGAAUUCCUUUAUGAAACAUAACUAUCGUAAAGUUAGAGAAAGAUGUAGGAAAGGUAUACCCCCAUCUGUAAGACUCAGAGCGUGGUUAAAUUUAUGUGGUGGCCAGUCGUUGAUGAACGACAAUCCCCGUUUGUAUGAUGAAUUGAUAAAACGAACUGGAGAUCCAAAGUAUCUUGAAGAUAUAAAAAAAGAUCUCCAUCGUCAAUUUCCACACCAUGAAAUGUUUGUGGAUAAUGCUCCUGGGCAACAAGAAUUGUUUCAAGUCUUGAAAGCGUAUUCUAUUUUGAAUAGUAAAGUAGGGUAUUGUCAAGCACAAGCACCGAUUGCAGCAUUUCUUCUAAUGCAUAUGCCUGCAGUUCAAGCUUUUUGGUGUCUUGUUGCUGUGUGUGAUAAAUAUUUAGUUGGGUAUUAUAAUCAAGGAAUGGAAACGCUCCAACGUGACGGUGACAUUCUGUUCGCUCUGCUAAAACGAGUGUCUCCUGUUGCAUAUAAACAUUUAAAAAAACAAAAAAUGGAGCCAAUUUUAUAUAUGACAGAAUGGUUUCUGUGUGUCUAUACAAGAACGCUACCUUGGGAAAGUAUUCUACGCAUUUGGGACAUGUUUUUGUGUGAAGGUGUAAAAGUUAUUUUCAAAGUAGGAUUAGUUUUAUUAAAAGGAUGUCUAGGACGGACAUCUUCAACUAAAUGCUGCCCAACAAUGUAUGAAACUUUGCAAGUGUUGAGAAAUCCUCCACAAGAAAUUAUGGAAGAAGAAAAUUUAGUUUAUCAUAUUUUGAGACUGAAUUUAAGUGAAGACGAUUUUGAAUACGAACAUCAACGACAAAGUCUCAAAAGAAAAAUUAAGGAUCAAACGACACAUAUUUCCAAUGAAACUGACUGAAAAAUGGGCAUCUAUUUAGUGAUUAAAACAUAUCUCAGAAUUUUUUAUUAAUGCUAACCACCGGUCUGCCAUUAUCUCAAUCAAACCCGCAAUUUCUUUAUUCAAAAUAUGCAGGAUCCAUUUUUUAAAUUUAAAUUCAAUAAAAAAGACAUAAUUUAAGUGUAAUUAUAACUUAAUUAAUGUUUUAUACUAUUAUUGAAAAUUACUUAUUGAGCGAUUUUUUCCUUGAGAAAAAAAGUUAAUGAUAAUUGCCGGUGUCUAUCAUAUUGUUACGUGUUGAAAAAAAAUUAUUAGUCUAGUCGCGUUAUGAACCCGCCACAGGGGCUGAGAGAAACUUCCCUUACAAGCGUGUGAGUCUGACAUGAUUAUUUCCUAAGUCAUGGAUAUGGAGGGGAAAUGGCUUCAAUAGAAAAUAAGUCAGCGGACUCAUAACGCGACGACUAUAUAUUUUUCAACGAUUUAUGAAAGUUUAAAAAAAGUAUUGUUUCGGUGGGGCUUAGACUGAUAAGCACACUGAAAACCUGAUUAUUGUUUUAUAGAAAUUUAAAAAAUUUUAAUAAUUUUCAAGUUUUGUUGGCCGUCUGGCCAGGUAGUUUGAAAGUUUAUUCUUUAUAGAUAUUUUAUUUCAUUGAAAGUAAUAUAUUAAAUUGCAGUAAGGUAAUACUAGUUUAUAAUUGUUAAAAAUAUAUCAAAUGUUAAUACUAAGGCAGCUGCACUUGCGCUCGUCACGGGUUCUAGUAUUCAUCUAAUUAACAUUAUAUAAGUGCCUUUUUAUAGUAUUUAUAUUCAUAAAUAAAACAUAAUAAUAAAAUACUAAUAUUUAUUAACGUCGAAUAGGAAUUAUAUAUAUUUUUAACUUCCUGCUAAGAAAAUCGAGUUUGAGUGCUACUCUAAUAUUCACUUAUGUUCUUCUGCUGUGAACUCAGCACCAUAAGAAUUAUUGGUUGACAUACAUGCACGCACACAUACAAAUAUAGACAUCACUCCAAAAAUAGACAAAGUAGUUUUCUUAGGACUUGAAAAGGAGUUCCAAAAAUCGGAUCCAAACCAAUACCUUUUUUUAUUUUGUCAAAAUUUUCUAUUUUUAUAGCGGAAAGUUAAAAAAUCCUUUUUAUAUACUCAAGAAAUAAAACUGUUUA